UCAAGGCAAAACAGAAGCAGUAGGCUGAAGCGAGAGUAACGGAGUCUAAUAGAGGCAAGCGUCUGCUCUCGACGAGGAGAUAUUCUCUAUUUUAAGACUUGCCGGCUGUUCUAUGGUUUUAACCAUGUCUUUUACAACCGAGAGACAAACACUGACCACUUCGGUGUUUUUUUGUGCCGUUGUGCUGUGUGUUAGCUUUGUUAGCCAGGGGCAAUGCCAAACACCAGCACCACCAACUCCCUGCCAUGCGUACAAAAGCUGUGACACCUGUGUUCCACAUGCAAAGUGUCUGUGGUGCUUGACCACCAACAACUGCUCAGAAUACCCAGUGAGCUGGUUGCUGCCUCCGGCAUCAUUGUGCCCGUUGUCCCAGGCCCGUUGGGGAGUAUGUUGGAUGAACUUUGAAGCCCUGAUCAUUACCAUGGCCGUCCUGGGUGGGACCAUCCUCAUCAGCUUCAUUGUGUGCUGCUGUUGCUGCUGUUGCUGCAAAAAGCGUCAAUCAGGGCCUGACAGAGAUGAGGAGAGAUUUGCCAGGAAGAGAGAGGAGAUCAGACAACGUGCUGAGGAACGGAGGGGGGAAAGAAAGGCAAGGCACGAUGAAAUCCGCAGGAAGUAUGGUCUGAUGGGUGACGCGGACCACCCAUACAGCAAGUUUGAGAAUGAGUAAAGCAGCUGCACUGGAGGAGUUCCACAGGCAGCAUCCGGAGCUGCUCUUCAGUUUUAGCUUGGAGUGAUGCCCGCUUCUCACACAAACCACAAUUCUGCACAAUAAUCCUAUUCAGACAAAAAUCACCAUGUCACACCUUUUUAACCAGUACCAUUUAAAAACUAAAAAAAAAAUCACAACUUCUCUUUGCCUUCAACAUUCUCAUUUUUGACAGGGUUGUGUGUUGGUUGAAUGUUCGAGCUUGUUUUAAAACUUCUGCAAAAUUAGUUUGUCUCCUGAAAUUUCAUGAUGAGUUGUCUCUUUUAAAUAUUGUAGUUUCAUAUCAGUCUUUGCACUUUGUACAUACAGUAUUGAUUUAUGAAAUGCUAAAUAAUGAUUGUAGGCUACUGCCGAUGUGUUCUGACACAUGAAUAAAGGUCUUCUC